UAUAUUUUUAUACCGUUACAGUUACACACAUGAUACGUACGUUUCUAGAAAUGUUCCUAGAAAUGUUGGUAGACUUUCACGAAACACUAUGCACAUAUAUGGAUACAAUACAGCAUUUAUAAAAUAUCUUUCUGAGAAUGAUCGAAUAUAAUUCCGGAUAUUCGGAAUUCAAAUAAGUAAGUGAUUAUGUCUUUUGGGUUAUUACAGUUCCACGAACGAGAAACUUCCUUUAUUCUGUCCCGUUUUUGUGAAUUUUUGCGCAACCAAGGAGGCUACUUCUUGCCCCUUUUUACAAGCGUUAACCUUCAUGAGGAUUCCGUGCUUGAAAAAAAGGGAACAUAAAUGAAAUAUUAGUGUCGACGUCUUACCGUGUUGUAGAGUAAAUAAGUACGUACUCGGUUCUCGAAGGUAAUGUCGGUUAUUAUAAUUCCAUCUGUACAUGAGAAGAAAAAAAAGAACGAAGAUAUGCGAAUAACUUGUUCCAAUGAUCGCAUUUUCCUCUAUUGAAGUCUGAAUUGAAAAUAUGAUUGCGGCUACGUUUUUCUUCUCGUUGUUUAUCGCGUAUACCUUGACCGUAUCGUAGUUUAUAGUUUAUUUUCAAUCGAAGGUAUGUACACUAUCGGCUAUAAGUAUUUUGGGACGUCUACUGUGUUCUCUAUAGUUAAAGUCUCCUAUUUACCAUUCCAAAACAUUUGAAAAGACUAAAGUUCCGUCGUUCCUUCUGCCAUCUUUGUUUCUUUUUUCUCCAUUCAGCUUGAAAUAUUUAGUCAUUACUUUGUAACAACCUUUACGGUAUAACUUUGAAUGAAACAUAAAAAACACGGGCAAAUAUUUCAACGUGUCCCGAUAAACGAACAAAUAUUAGGCUACUUUAAGUUACGAAGGACAGCGCUGAUACUUAGUACGACGCGAAUUAGUAAUAGUAUUAUUAUUAGUAAUAGUAGAAUUAGUAAUAGUAAUUCGCAUCAUGUGUGCUCCGCAACGUAAAAUAUUAAAUAAAGUAGAACUUGUUCGAGCUGUCCAGCAAAUCUAACGUGUAGGCUAAAUAUUCUGAUAUUUAUAGCAAGCAGUGUACAUCUGCUUUUGCCUGAUUUCUCGAGCGCAUUCAUUUCGCGAACAGAAAAAAAUUCGUGCAAUAAUGGCAAAUACGACGUCGAUCUCGAUCAAGGUCUCCUUCGUUCUUCGUCUUUUUACGUUGUUCUCGAUUCCGUAUAGGCGCUUCUAUAUCGCGUGCGGAUCAAAAAUCUCUCGUGAUACGUUCGCAGCAUAAAUUACGUUCCCAAUUUUGUAGUCAAUUUACGCUCCGAAACUGAUACUUGCCACUGAUUGCCUACGUAAAUAACACACGGCUGUACUAUGAUGAAUGAAGUUUCUAAUAAAAUUCGUGAAAUAUCACGGUGUUGUUCUCGUUGGAUAGGAGACGCAGCAUUCUGGCUGUUCUCCGUGGAUCAGAGAAAAGUGGUUCGUGUAAUUUAGAAGCCAUCACGCGUGGUCAUCCUUGCACGCACAUAUUAUGUAUACGACUCAUGUUAGAGAAGUGUGCAGUCGCGUGACUAAAAAUACAAUCCUGUACGUAGAAACGGUUAUCUAUCGCCGGCAUUGUUUCAUGGACAAUCAUCUAUCUCGAGCCUCGACCCGUAUAGACGUAUGAUUUCUUUCUUGCCUUACGAUACGAAUCUUCUACUUGUCUCGUUCUCCUUUAUUUCUUUCCCUUACUCCCUCCUUUUUCUUUUAUCCUUCGUAAGGGAUAUUAAUCUGUUGACGAGUCAUUCUAUGACCAGCAUAAUAGUGAAAUUAAAAGUUAACACAAAAAAAAACAAUUUCGGAUAUCGAUCUUAAUUCUUCCAGAUAUAAACACGAUACAACUUAUUUCCAGUAGAAACGAAGCAGGUCGUUAAAAGAUGUAAAAUCAGGAAAUAAAAAUCUAGGAAUUAAUAAUUCACAAAUGCGCAUAAAUUAUUAUAUCCAAUCGUUUGGGAAUUUCGAAUGGCCAAUUAACUCGUCUCUCUCGAUUAACAGGUUAAAAGUUACGAUUUCGCGAAUUACCAUUGAUAUGUUGUAAUGUGACCAUAGCCACGAGUUUAGACGCGCUCGAAAUUCGUUCUCGUUUCUGCCGCUGAUUGCAUAUCGUUUCGAACAAACUGCAGCAUGCGAGCGUGACGCAGCGGGGUCAACACUCAAUCGGUACAACGGGAGCUGAACGUGCAUCAGAGAACACAAAAGAGACAUAAAAAGCAGGGAGAAAGAGAGGCGAUACAAUAGUGCUACUGGUGCUCUGACAAGCGAGAGAAAAAGAGAGUAGAGGAGAGAUAGAGAACGCGGAGGCAAAGUGGGCUGGAAGUAUCUGUACGGUGCGGUGUAAGAGGAAAAAUUGAUGGCACGGUUACGAAUGGUCCUGCUGCUGUUAUCAAAUAAAAGCUAGCCCGAAUUUCUUUCUGAACUACGGGUCACAAAAUUAUGACUACCAUUUUUAAUAAAACACGUUUUUGUAUAUCUAGAUUUAUCGGUAUCUGUUCCAAAUCGUUCGAUCGUAACAAACCGCAUCGCGCCACGAACAAGCAUACUUUCGCAUUCUCUAGGCUUUUGAAGUUACUUAUGGUUAAAAAAUCACGAUUCCAAAGAUCAUGUGUAAAUUAGAUGCGGUAUAAUUUGCAUUACAAUUCGAGACAUGUAAAGAAUUAUUACUACUAUUUCCUAAAUAUUAUUUUUUCCGUCACGAUUCACGGAUUGAAUUUCAAAUAGAACUAUGUAAUCACAAUGGCUCGCUACGAAUACUAACCCAAUUUCGUGUCACCUACGAAUGCCUGAGUUUUCAAUAGAUCUAUUCACACUUAUGGACUCAAUAAAAUCGUGACCGAUGUACUACACGCGGGUCUUACAAUCCAGCUGAUAAUUUCAAGGGGAUCUUCCUUAGUAUCUUUGCCAUAAUUUAUGCUAAAUUAAUUUCGUCCAGAAUUAUUUAUUUAAAAAGCAAUAAAAUUGUCAUGGCGCGCAUUUGAAUAAAGGGAAACAUAUCACGAAAUCAUUAUUUAUUAUCUAUAUUUCAAAUUUUCUGAAUUCAUCAUCAGUGGUCCCUGUUUACGUUAUACGAACAGUUCAGAAAUCACAUCGACUAACUUCAUAAAUUUAAACGUAAGGAAAAGUGAUGAUAUUUUACAAAUGUCUCUUUCUUUAUUUAUUGUCCUUAGAAUUUACUGUUAUUUAUGUUAUUUGCUUACGAUAUACGAGCUUGUGGAAAUGCUUUAUCUCGAGUAUCGAACAUUAAUCGUGUAUUUGGGUAACGAAAUUGGGAAAUUUAUAAAAGGUGACAUUGAUCAGUUUGACUUUUAAGAGGCCGGUGUGACGAUUAACGUUCUAGUUACGAAACAAAACCAUGGCUCCGACUCGUGUUUAAUAUGCAAUGUCUGAAAUUUCGAGAGGAAUUCUACUCUUUAUUCAAGAUGUUAGAGAAUUAAGUUACGGCUGUUGAUGCUGUUGAUCGGUUUUGGACAUUGGUCAUUUCGUGUCUGCGGCAAGUACCUUCCUGCCGAGCUUCGGAAAUGUCUUAUCAGGUCGUAUCUUGUAUAAACACGUUCCACCUGGUCUCAGGCCGUCACGACCCACGCCAUUUUCUACUGUCGCUGCCCACGUUGUUUCGUAACUUUCCACGAGAACACUUUAUCACGCACCGUUCGUCUCUCGUAUUGUUCUGCUCUGUUGAUAGCGGUAGAAAGAUCGCAGUAUUGAUUAUACGCAUAUUUCUUCUAAUAGCUUCUCGCUAACGGUGUUAAUGAUCGUAGUUCGGAAAGUAAAGAAUGGCAAGAACGAUGUCGUUGAAAAAAAUAAACUCUAAAAAUGCGUAUUUCGAUAUGCUGAUAGGACAGACGCGUACGUCAACCCUUAGAUAUUGUACUACAAUAACGAAGAAUUCAGAAUGAAUAAGUUAGAAGUUUAUUAUCUUUUUAUCUCGAAGAUUUGUUGCAAUUUUAGAAGAAAUGAAUAUUAAUAAUUACAUCGGAAUAUGUCGAAGAAUGAAUUGCGGUUGGUUAACUUUAGUCGUUGCAGCAUCAUCUCGUGCUAAAGUGAUUGAAAUACGUACACAUCUAUAAUUAAGAAUAAUUUAUCCCAAGUCUACGAUUUAGAGAAGUAUUACGAACUAAAAUGAAAAAUACAACCGUAAAGAUGUAAUAUCUGUAUAAGAUUAAUUUAUUUUCCUCGUUAUAUUUUGCAAGUCUAAAGCAAAGUUUACGGAGUACUAACCAAGUACUUUAAAUUGGAUGGAGAAAAUAAUAAAACUUCAGUUUUCUCGAGUAUUUUAAAAUGAUAGAUAAUACGUUGUAACUAAAGAAGGUAGUAUGUAUAUGUAUGUGGUAACUACACUGUUGAAGGCUUAAUGGAACAUUAGACGAACAUCGUCCACGUAGGUGUAAAAAAUCAGAAGCAAAAUGUAAAAUUAGCGAAGGAUGCAGACGGUGAUUAGCGUGGACCUUUGAAAGGCGAUCGAAUUAGUUGGGUACGCGGAAUUCCCUGUACGGGACGAUUUGUAGCAGUAAUCCAGGCUUACGGUUCCCGGUGCUUGGAUGCGCUUUAAUAUGAUUUAAACCUACCACCGUGUUGGCUACCGUGUUACGAUCGUGAAGCUCUUACUGGCUACAUGGGCCUUCCAGAGAGUCCUUGAGGAGAACUCGAGAGAGCGCGAUGAAGCGAGACAGUGAUACACGCGUGCGUACACGCAAGAAAGUGGCGUAAAAUACGUAGGCGAGGUACCGGUUUUUUCCGGACCCACUACCGUUCCUCUUUGAAUUUUAAAUCUUUCUCGCUACCGAAUGUAAUUAAGCCGCAUUCACCGCCAGACAAAAAAUUGAAUUCGUACAACAUCCUAUAGGAUUAAAUUGCAAGGAAAGCGCGUCGGUUCUCUUCAACAUUUAGCUGUAUAGUUUUAUCUAUGAGUAAACUUGUCUCGUGCGUGCCUUUGUACAUAAUUUUCAUCGAUCUAAAGCUUUGCUUCGAACCUUCCUUCACCUCGUUCUUCUUCGUUGCUCGACAUUAUCCUUCACAUUGCGAAACUAUAAUAUCCGACGAGCGUUUCUCUCUUUCAAGCAGCUUGAAAUGUAAUGGAAAACGGGUUAUUCGCACGUGUUUGCUCUUUGCAAAUUCAGCCGUUCACGUGCGCCGGCUGAGACAAUUUCGUGACGCGAGUCACUCGAACACACCGGUUCGUAGCUUGCCUUUGUUUUCUCUGUCUUUAGUCUCACGUGUUUUUCUUCGUCUACUUCUUCUGCACUUCCUUUGCUUGUUCGUUGAGUAAGCGAAGCGAACGCUUUGAGGUAGCCGCCGCGUUUCAGAUCGGUCGAGGCGACGCGACCGCGACGCACGAAACGACGUACCGGGCGACGCACCAACGAGAUACCUCACUGCGGUCCGUGCCUCGGCAAAAGUGACAAGGCCCCGGUAAUUAUAACGGGUGGCGCAAAAAAAAACGACGCUUCUCGUCUACCCACCGCAGAUCUCUCGUUUCGUCCAGUAUGCACUCGGACAUGCAACUCGAUAAGCAACAUUACCCGCAGAGUCCUUCUCCGUGGUACUCUCCUUUUCGUAGAUUGUUCGCGUGAUCUUCACGAUCUUGAUAAAAUAUAAUCCACGCAGAGUUCGUCGAUCGAACCAGUCAUCUCUAUCGCGCGACGGAAAUCGUACGUUGGAUUCGCUGGAAUUAUUGAAUUACGCGGAGCUUCAAUAAAAUCAAUGAACGCUAUCCAAUGAACGCUGAAUAUUGAAUUUUCAUCCUCAUCGUCGUCGAUCACCAACGGUAAAUCAAUUACGUAAUAAAAAUAAAUGAAAUGCAAACCUCCGAUUUGUGCAUACAAUAUGGUUGUAGAACCUCUAAUUGCAAAAUUAUAUUAUCAUUCACUUAGCCGGGUCGAUCAACUCGGUUCAUAUUCUUUGGAAACUCGCGAAUUACGGGCAACAAUAAAUAGUCUUUUAAUGCAAAAUAAUAACUCAAAAUUGCUAUUGAGAAUUACAUAUAAUUCUUCGUAAUUGUGUUCUUAAGAUUUAAGAUUAAAACAAAAUAAGUCGAGAAAUCGGCAGUUAAAUACAUUUUGAUAUGAUUGCAGAUAGAUGUACGUGGUAUGUCAUUAGUUGUUAUUAAUAUUUAACUUAUUAAUAAUUUAUUUUUCUGAAAAAAUGAUUUACGCUCAUAUCGUAUAUGUGGCGACACCUAUUAUCCACGAGUGAAAGGUAUAAUGUUUCAUUGUCAGCAAGAAGAUGGCAGUAAAAUAAAGUAGUUUAUCAAUGGAAAACCAUACGCAAGCUAUUUCAUUCGCGAAUAGUUAUUUCGCUUUGGUCGAUGGUCUUGUUUCUGGUUUAGAAAGUCAGCUCUCGGAGGAUGUGGUCCUGUAUUGGUUUGGCAGUUUGAUCAAAGGCAGGAAACAUGUGUCUACCUUCUUGCGAAGUCGUAAACUGAAUUCAAGGCAUAUAUUCUCACAUAUUAUAUCGACCACUGAUAUCAAUUACGAAAAAGAAAGGUUAACUCGGAACAAGCUUUGUUCGUGUCAUUAUCGAAAACAGCAAGAAUGUCAAACAAGACAUAAUAAUUUCGUCAAUGAUAAUAGUACAAUAUGCGAGCCGUUCCUCCAAAAAAUGGAAAGGUCAUUGUCGACGUGUGACGUCAUAACAGACAUUAAUCACAACAAAAUCCAUACGAAGGAAAUUGGCGCAGUGGACGACACGUUUUACAAUCUAAGCGAGAAUGAUCUCUCCAAUCUUUUCAAGCUCGACAUCUUAUCGACCGACAUAGAAGAAAUCGAGCAUAGCAUUAAUAGAAUAAAAUUAAAAGAGGAAAUGGUACCAACCAUCAAGAGAAAAUGUAGUCGAAGAGAUAAACACGAUAUCGUUCAAGUUAAGUAUGUGGAGACAAACGGUGAAGUAGAAUUCUCCCGAAAAUUUUGGAAACUAGGUUCCUGGAAAACGUAUAUCUCACGUCUCUCUACAGCUACUCUUCACACUUGGAAGCGGCCAUGUAAAUUGCAAAUUGCAUAUACCGUCUCGUCUCAAUGUCAAACCUUGGAACAAUCGUGUGAAACUAAAAAUGUCACGGUACCAUUCGUACAGCCUAAAGUCAGACUACCCAGUCUACAGGAGAUUAAUGAAAUUACUAGUAGACUAGUGCCCAAUACGAAUGAGUUCGGUGGAUUUUUGAAGGAUGCGGAUUUCUUUGAGGAUUAUAAAGGCUUUCUAGGAAAUGUGAAAAUGGAAAUGGCAAUUAAUGAUUCUUGUAUGCCAUUGUCCACUGCUCAGUAUGUUAAAAAUAAACUUGUAUUUAAUAAACCGUCCAUCAAUAUGGAUGAUCGCAAUGGUAAAGGCAAAAAAAAGUUCGCUUUUAAUUAUCAGAUUCAUCUGAUAAUAUAUCAGGAUAUUGAUACAUGUAACAUGAACGAGUGUUGCACAAUUUUAAAAGAAUGAAAUUUGAAGAGGGGCAGAAGUAUAGCGCUUGAUGUGCAAAAAAUAAUCCCUUUUUCUGCUUAAAUAGUAUUAGAAAAAUCUUUUUCAGGCAGAUGAUAUCUUUGGAAAAAGAUUAAGAAACUGUUUCUUUUUUACUUUUAUAAUUAGUAAAUAUUUUUCAUAAUUUUUCUUUAUUUCUACAUAAGUCCAUACGUAAGUUUACGUAGUUGCGAAUUUUACACUUACAAUGUACUUAAGUACACAUAUUAUGUCUGUUCUGUUGUGAUAAACUGAAUGAUUUUAUGUUCACCAGUAAUCAAGCUUAAAUGAACCAAUCGCUAGAAAAUACUGCUUAAGUUAACAUGUUAUCUAAGUCAGCAAUAUUUGCCACGGUUACAGGUGAUUAAGCUAUUAUAACUUAUUCUUUAAAUACUCAGAGAUUUAUGAAGACAACUGUUUUUGUCUCGUACAGUAUCAAAUCUGAGUUAAAAUAUGUUUUUUUAUUUAGCAUUAAGUAUGCAAUUUUUGUUUUCUUUUAACUCGAAUAAAAUCCAAUCUUGAAGAUUAUACCAA